AGGCACGAUAAUAGAAUGACAUAACCUGCAUGUAUUACUAAGCAGUUCCUGAUUGUUUUUUUUAAAAGUGAGACCUUUCAGUAACGUAGUACGUUAUUUUUAAAAGGCCAAAAAAAGAGUCAUCUAUUUUUGGCCUUGUGAUUAUACAAAAAACACUGAGGCAUCUUUUUUAAUAAACGCGGAUAAAAUAGGCUCCCCUUUUCACCUGCUCCUCAAGAAAAUAAGAUGGAUGUAUAUCUAGCGUCCCUUAUCCUUUUAACUGACCAUUAUUAAACAUGCGGGGUGUCUGAAACGUUUUGGAUACCUUGCCUGUAUGAUUUCGGCUGCACCACAGACACAUCACGUGGACCAUGCUGCUUGGGGACAGGAGGAGUGCUCAAUGUCAAUUUCGUGUUCCCUUUCUCUAUUAAUUUUUUUUUUUUUUUAUUUAUUUAAACAUAAAAAAAAAAGAGAUGGUGUCUAAUUCUUUUGUCAAACGGUUUCGAAAGUUAGAUGCGUAUGCAAAGACCUUGGAUGAUUUUCGCGUACGAACAGCCACGGGUGGAACUGUUACCAUGAUUAGUGGAUUCACCAUUGCUGCCUUGAUCUUGUUUGAAGUGGUUCGAUACUUGACACCUGUGAUGCAGUCCGAGAUUAUGGUUGAUGGUGGUAUUCAGGAAAAACUGCCUAUUGCCCUGGAUAUUACGUUCCCUCAUAUUCCUUGUUACAUUCUUAGUUUAGAUGUAAUGGAUGAAAGUGGAGAACAUGUUGGAGAUUAUGACCACGAUGUUUAUAAGGAAAGACUUGACUCAAGCGGAAGAGCUAUUGUCAAAGCUAAAUCAGAAGAUUUGAGUAACAAGGCAGCAAAAUUGGCAUUAAAGCAUCAAGGGGAAAUGCCAAGUGAGUACUGUGGAUCAUGUUACGGUGCCCAUUUUAAGGACGAAGAGAAUUCAUGUUGUAAUACGUGUGAGGAUGUUCAACGUGCGUACACAGAUCAAGGAUGGGUCCCCGAUACGGAUACAUUUGAACAAUGUAUUAGAGAGGGAUGGAAGGAAAAGACCAAGCUUCAAUCAAGAGAAGGCUGUAGAAUGCACGGUACCUUGUCUGUUAAAAAAGUGCGUGGUAAUGUUCAUUUCUCUGCUGGUAGAGCUUUUAGUCAUGGCAGCUCUCAUAUUCAUGAUAUGAGCUCAUUUAUCAAUAACGGCGACGGACAAAACUUUAUGCAUACCAUCAAACAAUUGGAAUUUGGAUCUCAUGAAUAUAACACACAAAAGCAAAAACGUACAAAAGCAAGUGAUAUCAUCAAUCCUUUGGAUAAUACCAAUUGGGGAACCACACAGACUGCUAUGAUGUAUCAGUACUUCUUGAAGAUUGUACCCACCGAGUUUGCAUUUUUAAACGGUAAAGAAGUACGAACAUUCCAAUACUCUGUGAGUAAACAGGAUCAGUUUAUACGUCAGAACACCGGUGGACUCCCUGGUGUGUUCUUCAUGCUUGAUCAUUCUCCUAUGCGUAUCAUUUACUCUGAGACACGACCCACUUUUGGCAGUUUGCUGACUAGUAUUUGUGCAAUUAUUGGUGGCAUUUUUAGUGUUGCAAGUAUUGUGGACAGUGUCCUUUACAGGGCAGAUAAAAUUACAGCCCAAAGAAAGGCCAUGUAGGAGUAACCAAUAAAAAUAUAUAUAUAUAUUGUGUAACUCGUGUGAAAAAUAGGCUGUUGUAACGAAAUCACCCGCUCUUUCCGAGUGAUCCAUUAUUUUUUUGUGUUUUUGUUUGUCCACUAUUUACAUUGAUGCACAGACAAUGACUGUUGCCUAAAAGUAAAACAUCGUACGUGUUUAUUUUUGUAACAUAAUUUGGGUGUGCAUUAAAAAAAAAAAAAAAAAA